ACUGUUGCAACGCUUCUUGAUGAGCUACUUGAUACAUCUUUGCUGGACGGCUACAAUGUAGCCAGUUUUAUUGGAUUUGGAUCACGUCUGUUUUCCGAACCGCUUGCUCGCCCAAUGCAUCCUAUUUAGGAAAAACUUCAAGACACAGAAAGAGUUACAAAAAAAAUAGGCUACAACACAUCGGUGCUUGUUUUCUCGUUUGUACAUUUUAGGGCAGUGACUGGGGUUUGCAGGAGCAAACUGCGUCUUUUCAUUGGAAAGUUCUAAUGAUUACGCAAGUGAAUGGAAUUGUCGGCACGAAUUGAAAAACGGAUUGCUGUAACAGCGUCAACGGUGAAUGUUUUUUGGACCACCACACACAGAGUCGACGAAUAAGUACAAUUUUACUGCCAACAAUGAAGGUGGAAUUACCUACAUCUGCAACAUGGCUGCUACGGCGACGCUAGUGGGAAAAGUUGAAGUUUAGAGCACUGACGCGGGGGGAAGUUUUAUACUGAUCCAGUACAGUGCAGCAGGAAUUGUUGGAUAAAGAACAUCUGGGUUUUUUUCGUCGCAUCGGAUUGAACAACGUACAUAACACGGUGGAAUGCCCGACUAAGAGCGGAGGAGUACAAGACCACUUUCUUCUUCAAAUGAUUGUGGUCAUCAUCACCAAGCAAUCGCGUGGACUUUCUCUUCAAGAUUUGUCAUUUCCAUCCUAAAUAGUGGACACCUCGUCCAGUGGGCCAUCUGAAAUCUAAAAUGCAUUUCUCCAUUCCCGAAACGGAGGUUCGUUCGGGAGAAAAUGGAUCAACAUAUGUGGCCUACAACAUCCAUGUGAACGGUGUUCUCCACUGUCGUGUCCGCUACAGCCAGCUCCUGGGCCUACACGAACAGAUAAAGAAGGAGUAUGGGAACAACUUGGUGCCUGCUUUCCCCCCAAAGAAGAUCUUCACGCUGACGCCGGCUGAUGUGGAGCAGAGACGUGAACAGUUGGAGAAAUACAUGCAAGCUGUGCGGCAGGACCCCAUGCUCGGAGCCUCAGAGAUGUUCAACAGCUUCCUAAGGAAAGCCCAGCAGGAGACCCAGCAGAUCCCAACCGAAGAGGUUUGUCUGGAGAUAUACCUGUCUAACGGCCAGAAGGUCAAGGUCAACAUCCUGACCUCCGACCAGACAGAGGAUGUCCUCGAGGCUGUUGCGUCAAAGCUGGACCUUCCCGAUGACCUGGUUGGUUACUUCAGUCUCUUCCUGGUUCGAGAAGGAAUGGACGGUGGCUUAACGUUUGUGAGGAAGCUACAGGAGUUUGAGCUACCAUAUGUAUCGGUCACCAGCUUACGGAGCUCAGAGUUCCACAUCAUGCUGCGAAAAAGUUACUGGGACACGGCGUAUGACAGUGAUGUAAUGGACAACCGAGUGGGACUGAACCUAUUAUACGCUCAGACGGUGUCGGACAUAGAUGGAGGCUGGAUACUCGUUAACAAGGACCAGCACAGACAGCUCAAGUCACUGCAGGAGAAAGGCUCCAAGAAGGAAUUCAUUUUGCUAGGUCAGACGCUGAAGUACUUCGGCUACAUCAAGUUUGAUCCGUGCGUGACAGACUUCCCGGAGAAGGGCUGUCACGUGAUCGUCUCCGCGGGCAACAACGAGCUCAACUUCCAGGUCAAGCUGCCCAAUGAACAGAUGAAGGAGGGGAGCUUCAAGGUCACGCGCAUGAGGUGCUGGCGGGUCACUUCUUCUCAGGUCCCAGUAGCGAACGGCACAUCCUCCCCAACCCCGGCCCCCUGCUCCUCAGCCAAGUGUGAGGUGAAGUUGGAGCUGGCCUUCGAGUAUCUGAUGAGCAAAGACCGCCUCCAGUGGGUCACCAUCACCAGCCCACAGGCGAUCAUGAUGAGCAUCUGUCUUCAGUCGAUGGUCGAUGAGCUGAUGGUGAAGAAGUCAGGAGGCAGCAUCAAGAAGAUGCUGAGGAAACGUCACAAUGGCUCCCUACAUCGGUCUGAAAGUCAGCAAGCUGUGAAAUCCCCCCCUCUACUGGACUCUCCUGACCCAAACCGAGACCAGAUUGUCAAACUCUCAACUAAGCUGAGCUCUGUGUCUCUCAGAGGGAUCAGUGCCUCCAACUCAGCCAAUGACAUCAGCGGCAACGAUUUCCAUGGCAACUACGCCUUCGAGGGGAUCGGGGACGACGACCUGUAAUAUUCCCCCUCCCCCCCCCCACCCCUCCCCCUC